AUGGACUAUACAAAAUUUGACGAUGAUUUGAUGAGUAACGGAUACGGCAAUGAGGAUUGUUUGGACAUGGCCGAGCUGGAUCGUUGGAACGACUUUCGCUGCGACGUGCCGGAAAAUAUUGUGUGCCAGAAGAAGGCGAUCCGCUUCGACGAUCUGACCGACUACAAUCGGGCGGAGGUCGUCUGCAAGGAACUUGGCGCCGAGCUGCCGAACAUCCAUUCGGAGGCUGAGAAUGCGGCAAUACAUGCUCUCGAUGUUCCGAACCAGCGGCUACGACUUGGCGCAACGAGGUUCGGAAGUGGCAAAUAUGACUUCAAAUGGUCUAACGGUUCCCCGAUGGAUUUCACAAAGUUCGACGACGCCUCUAUGGGCAACUCGUAUGGCUAUGAAAAUUGUCUGGACAUGGCCGAAGUAGAUCGUUGGAACGACGUCCGUUGCGACAUGCCGGAAAUUAUUGUAUGCCAGAAAAAGGGAAGCCAUAUCUCAACCGGGAAA